AUGGCUAUCGUCAACGACUUGAUCUCUCCACACGAGGAAUAUCCUCCAGCGGCCGACUUGCGCACAAUCGUAGCCGAGCGUCCAAUCCCAGUGCUUCUUCAAGAUACGGUGGAUCUCAUCUCGCUCACCAACGACGAGGCGAGAAAACAGGCCCUUGGCAUCCUAGACGACUUGAACGCUGCUCUCGCUGAGAAUUAUUUGAAUGCUCUUGAACGAUGCUUCUUUUCCGAGCAGGCGUAUUGGAAAGAUACGCUAGCUCUGACUUACCACCUGCGCACAUUCUUUGAUCCCCGCGUCAUUGCGGCCAAUCUUUUAGAAACACGCAGGCUCAGGGGUAUUAAUGGUCGCUUGGAACUUGAUGCCGCUGCCUUCACUCCUACUACGCCGACUCUUAAUAUCACAUGGCUGACCAAGUUUUCCCAUCCACAGCAAUUCAUAGACGCCUCGAUUUCUUUCGAGACCAAGUCUCCAAGCGCUUGGUGCAGCGGACGCGUCCUUCUCCUCCCUGUCAAAAACGAUGACAAAACUCUGGAGUGGAAGAUCUGGGUCCUCAGCACCAAGCUGGAGAAUCUUGACUUGCAUCUGGAGGAUGAGUCUCUCCUUGAGCUCCCAGGCAGGAAGGUGGAUAAUCUCGACCAGUUCGAGACUGAUGUUUUUAUCAUUGGAGGUGGAAAUGCUGCCGUGGCUUUGGCAGCUCGUCUCAAAGCCCUUGGCGUAGAGAGCUUCAUUUGUGAGAAGAAUGGGCGAGUUGGCGAUAACUGGGCUCGCCGUUACGACAACCUGCGAUUUCACCUUCCAACUUCCGUUUGCGAGCUUCCCUACACGAUCUCGAAGCACCUAGUGCAAGCCACUGGGGUUCGCUCCCAAAAGCCACAUCGACCGCUUGUCAUUGAUGAAGGUAUCUAUAAGGGUAUUAGUAUCCACUCGGUGGCCUUCAAAAAUGGCAACGAGUUGAAGAAUCGAGGUGUCAAGUCGGUUCUCAUCAUAGGUUCAGGCAAUUCGGCAUUCGACAUUGUUUCAGAUUGCCAUGCAGCCGGGCUCAAGACCACCAUGGUAGCCCGAUCACCAACCUACAUCAUCCCUUUUGAACAUGUCUGCCACGAAGCCAGCUUCGGAGUAUACGAGCACGGCGUUGAAGCAGCCGACAGACUUUUCAUGACGCUGCCAACCAUGGUUCAAGGUCAGCUAACUCAGGGCCUUUUGCAGAAGUUUGCUUCUGAAGAGCCGGAUCGUUAUGCGCCCCUGGCUGCAGCAGGCUUUCCAGUCAUUGACAGUACAGAUCCAUCUCAGCUGAUUCUUUCAAAUCUUCUUGAGAGAUCCCAUAGCCACUAUCUUGAUUUGGGCGACACUGAACUCAUUGUGGAUAAAAAGGUUGGCAUCAAGGCUGGGGUUGAGCCCGUUGCUUUCGCCACAAAUGGUCUUGACCUCUCAGACAAUAGCAUUCUGGAAGCAGAUGCUAUCAUAUGGUGCACAGGAUUCGCGGACCAAGACGUACGAAACGUCGCAGAAGAGAUCCUUGGAGGCCAUGGUGUGUCCACCACCCCUGAAGACCUUGAUGAGGACAAGAAUCUGCUUGGUCCAAGGGACAUUGCGUCUCGCCUCGACGCUACAUGGGGCAUCGACUCGGAGGGCGAGAUUCGUGGAAUGUGGAAGCGUCAUCUGCGUCUUGAAAACUAUUGGGUCAUGGGAGGAGCAACUCAGUAUCAUCGCUGGCACUCGCGAACUCUGGCGUUGCAAAUCAAGGCGGCUCUCGAGGGCAUCCUGCCACCUGCUUAUCGUGAGACGCGAGGUUUAUGA